GCACGACCUUUGACCCCUCACUCGGCGGCGUCGGAGACCGCAGCAGCCCGGAUUCCUGAGGAGGCGGCGGUGGCCGCGGGCCGCUGUGGCUGCGAUGGAGGAUCCUGUUCAAGAUGGGGUGGCUGCGGCACCCUCCGGGACCGGGAAAUCCAAGCUGGAAACAUUGGCGAGAGAAGAUCUCAUCAAGUUUGCCAAGAAGCAGAUGAUGCUACUACAGAAAGCCAAAGCAAGGUGUACAGAAUUAGACAAAGAAAUUGAAGAACUCAAAUCAAAACCUGUUGAUGGAGGAACUGAUGAUAUUAUUAAGGUACUCACUGAGCGCCUGGAUGCUCUUCUUCUGGAAAAAGCAGAGACAGAACAACAGUGUCUGUGUCUGAAAAAGGAAAACAUGAGAAUGAAGCAAGAGCUUGAGGAUUCGGUAACUAAACUGGAAGACACACACAAAGAGUUUGAGCAGUCACAUAGAAACAAUGUAAAUGAAAUAGAAAGUUUGAAGAAUGAAUUGACAGCAGCACAUUCAGAGCACAGUAAAGACAAAGCCAGCUUACAAAAAGAACUGGAGGAAGCAGUAAAUAAACAAUUAGAGCUUUUAGAACAGCUUAAAUCUCGGAGCGACUCUGAAGAUAAUGUUAAACAACUGCAGGAAGAGAUUCAGAACCUUACAGCAGGAUUUGAGGAACAGAUUUUCUGUCUACAAAAGCAGUUAGAAGCUACCUGUGAUGAAAAGAAGCAAGAGAUUAUUCAUCUCCAAAAAGUCAUUGAGGAGAACACUCAGCACUACCAAAAAGAUAUUAAUACUUUUCGAGAAGAGAUUGUACAGCUGAGAGCUGCACACAAAGAGGAAGUUAACGAGCUGAUGUCUCAAAUGGAAGCAUCAGCUAAAGAACAUGAAGCGGAAAUAAGUAAGCUAAAAGAUAGCAGAGUGCAGCAGUGUGGGGGAACUGAGAGCAAUCAGGAGAGUGUAAAUGAUGGCACCUCAGAUGCAAGCCAGGAGAACCAAAAUUGCUCUGUGCCCUUACAAGAAGAUCCCUUUGCAGAACAGACAGUAUAUGAUAAAGUCAGACAGUUGGAAGAGUCUUUAAGAGAACUGGAAUCUCAACAUAGUAUCUUAAAAGAUGAGGUGACUUAUAUGAACAAUCUCAAGUUAAAACUUGAAAUGGAGGCCCAACAUAUAAAAGAUGAGUUUUUCCAUGAACGAGAAGACUUGGAGUUUAAAAUUAAUGAACUGUUGCUGGCUAAAGAAGAACAGGGCUAUGUAGUAGAAAAAUUAAAAUGUGAGCAAGAAGAUUUAAACAGACAGCUUUGCUGUGCUGUGGAACAUCAUAAUAAAGAAAUACAGCGUCUUCAGGAACUCCAUCAGAAGGAAGUCUCUGAACUCAGUGAGACAUUUAUGUCAGGUUCAGAAAAAGAAAAAUUAGCAUUAAUGUUUGAAAUACAGGGUCUUAAGGAACAGUGUGAAAAUCUACAACACGAAAAGCAAGAAGCAAUCCUAAAUUAUGAGAGUUUGCGAGAGAUGAUGGAAAUUUUACAAACAGAGUUAGGAGAAUCUGCUGGAAAAAUAAGUCAAGAGUUUGAAACAAUGAAGCAACAGCAGGCAUCUGAUGUUCAUGAGCUUCAGCAGAAGCUGAGAACGGCUUUUAAUGAAAAAGAUGCUCUUCUUGAAACUGUAAAUCGCCUCCAACGAGAAAAUGAAAAGUUAUUAUCUCAACAAGAAUUAGUACCUGAACUUGAAAGUACUGUAAACAGCCUUAAGGCAGACAAUAGCCUGUACUUAGCCAGUCUUGGUCAAAAAGAUACCAUGUUACAAGAAUUAGAAGCAAAACUAAGUUCUCUUGCUGAAGAAAAAGAUGAUUUUAUAAGUAAAAUGAAAACUUGCCAUGAAGAGAUAGAUAAUCUCCAUCAGAAAUGGGAAGGGGAACAGAGAUUGACUGUAGAACUCAAGGAAGAGGUAGAGCAAACCAGCCAGCACAACACUGAACUGAGACAAAGAGUAGAUGAAUUAACGGGGAAACUCGAUGCAGUAUUAAGAGAAAAGAGUCAAAAUGACCAAAGCGUUAUGGUUCAAAUAAAAACUAUGACUGAAGACCAAGAAGCAUUGUCAUCUAAAAUCAAGUCUCUGUAUGAGGAAAAUAAUAGACUACAUUCUGAAAAUGUCCAGUUGAGUAAAGAUUUGGAAACUCUUCAGUCUGAAAAAGAUUUUGCCAUUAAAGAGCAUGUUGCUGAAUUAGAAGGGAAACUCCAGGUAAUGGCUGAAGAGCGAGAUAACUUAAAUAAAGUAUUUGAAAAUGAACAAGUUCAGAAGUCAUUUGUCAAAACUCAGUUAUCUGACUAUCUUAAACAAAUGGGGCCAAACAUUUUAGAAGACAAUGAAGAGGAAGAUGUUGUAAAAGUUCUACAAGCUCUGGGUGAAUCCUUAGCAAAAUUAAAGGAAGAAAGACAUGACUUGGUCUCUCAGUGCGAUGAGCGCGUGUUAGAAUUAGAAGGAAAGAUGAAGUGCCUUCAGGAAGAGAGUGCAGCUCAGUGCGAAGAACUUAGGGCUUUGCUUAGAGACUCUGAGCAGGAGAAAAUUCUCUUAAGGAAAGAAUUGGAAGAAGCCACAUCAACAAAAGAGGCCCUGCAACUUGAUCUUUUAGAAAUGAAGAAUGCUAAUGAAAAAAUGAGCCUGGAAAAUCAGAGUCUUAUAGCUCAAGUUGAAGAAUUAUCUCAGACAUUACACCGCAAAAAUGAAGUCCAUAAUGAAAAGUCUCUUGUAAUAGAACACGAAAACCUAAAGCUAUUGCUUGAACAAAGAGAAUCUGAACUGCAAGAUGUGAGAGCAGAGUUGAUACUGCUGAAGGAUUCCUUAGAGAAAUCGCCUUCUGUAAAAAAUGAUCAACUCUCAUUGGUAAAAGAGCUGGAAGAAAAAAUAGAAAGUCUGGAAAAAGAAUCCAAAGACAAGGAUGAGAAAAUAAGUAAGAUAAAACUAGUUGCUGUGAAAGCAAAGAAAGAACUGGAUUCUAACAGGAAAGAGGCCCAGACACUAAAGGAAGAACUUGAAUCUGUCCGGUCAGAAAAGGACCGCCUGUCUUCUUCUAUGAAGGAGUUCAUCCAAGGAGCAGAAAACUAUAAGAAUCUUUUGAUAGAAUAUGAUAAGCAGUCAGAACAGCUGGAUGUGGAAAAAGAACGAGCUAAUAAUUUUGAACAUCACAUAGAAGACCUUACCAAACAAUUAAGAAGUUCAACUUGUCAGUGUGAAAAGCUAAAUUCAGACAACGAGGAUCUCCUGGCUCGUAUUGAGACUCUGCAGUCUAAUGCUAAGUUAUUAGAAGUACAGAUUUUGGAAGUCCAGAAAGCCAAAGGAAUAGUAGAUAAAGAACUGGAAGCUGAAAAAUAUCAGAAAGAACAGAAAAUAAAGGAACAUGCCAGUGCUGUAAAGGAGCUUGAAGAACUCCAGCUCCAAAUCGAAAAAGAAAAGAAGCAGCUUCAGAAAACCAUGCAAGAACUGGAGCUGGUUAAAAAGAAAAAUUGUCACUUGUGUGUCAUGUUCACUAGUAAAAAUCUGUUUUGUCUCUUUUUGCUGACAUUACUUCCUGUGCUAGCUUCCCUGCAGUCUUCAGUACAGCACUAUGAGGAAAAAACCACCAAAAUCAAACAGCUGCUUGUGAAAACCAAAAAGGAGCUGGCAGAUGCAAAGCAAGCAGAAAGUGAUCACCUACUACUUCAAGCGUCUUUAAAGGGUGAACUGGAAGCAAGCCAACAGCAAGUAGAAGUCUAUAAAAUUCAGCUGGCCGAGAUAACAUCCGAGAAGCACAAAAUCCACGAGCACCUGAAGACUUCUGCAGAGCAGCAUCAGCGCACACUGAGUGCAUACCAGCAGAGGGUGGCAGCCCUUCAGGAAGAGAGCCGAACUGCCAAGGCAGAACAAGCUGCUGUCACCUCUGAGUUUGAGAGCUACAAAGUCCGAGUUCACAAUGUUCUAAAACAACAGAAAAAUAAGUCUGUGUCUCAGGCUGAAACUGAGGGAGCUAAACAAGAAAGGGAACACCUGGAAAUGCUGAUUGACCAACUAAAAAUCAAGUUACAGGAUAGCCAAAAUAGUUUACAAAUCAGUGUUUCCGAGUUCCAGACACUGCAGUCUGAGCAUGACACUCUGCUGGAGAGGCACAACCGGAUGCUGCAGGAGACUGUGACCAAAGAGGCAGAACUUCGGGAAAAGUUGUGUUCAGUUCAAUCCGAGAACACCAUGAUGAAGUCUGAACAUGCCCAGACGGUGUGUCAACUAACAUCCCAGAAUGAAGCACUCCGUAACAGCUUCCGUGACCAAGUUCGACAUUUGCAGGAUGAGCACCGAAAGACAGUGGAGACCCUGCAACACCAGCUUUCCAAAGUGGAAGCUCAGCUCUUCCAGCUCAAGAGUGAGCCAUCCACAAGAAGCCCCGCUUCUUCCCACCAACCUUUGAAAAACCCUCGAGAAAGAAGAAACACAGACCUCCCCCUUCUGGACAUGCACACUGUGGCCCGGGAGGAGGGAGAGGGGAUGGAGACAGCUGACAGCGAGUCCGCAUCUUCGCCGGGCACCCAUAUUACAUCUUUAGAGCAGCUGCUGAGUUCUCCUGACACCAGGUUUGAACAGCAUUUUGCAGAACCCCAUUCAUGGCAUGCUGAAUUUACCAAAGAAGAAUUGGCUGAGAAGCUCAGUUCCACCACAAAGAGUGCAGAUCACUUAAACGGCCUGCUUCGGGAGACAGAGGCCACCAAUGCCAUCCUUAUGGAGCAGAUUAAGCUUCUCAAAAGUGAGAUAAGAAGACUGGAAAGAAAUCAAGAGCGAGAAAAGUCAGUAGCUAACCUGGAGUACUUGAAGAAUGUGUUGCUACGGUUCAUUUUCCUGAAGCCCGGGAGUGAACGGGAGCAGCUUCUCCCUGUGAUAGACACUAUGCUGCAGCUCAGCCCUGAAGAAAAGGGCAAGCUUGCCACAGUUGCUCAAGGUGAAGAAGAAAGUGCUUCCCGUUCCUCUGGAUGGGCAUCCUAUCUGCAUAGCUGGUCUGGACUUCGGUAGAUUGAUGGGAAGAAAAUGCUUUAUUAACUCAACAGAAUUCAUUUGAAGGAAAAAUGGUUAUUAUUGUUUGAUCAGGAAGUGUCCAUAUCUGUUCACAUCCCCUGAUGAUUGUAUAUAUGUAUAGCAGAUGAAUUUAGACUCGCAACUUGUAGUAAAAGGACAACAGCUUGAAGCAGUGGUACCAGUCGCCCACAGCCCUGUGACUCGGCACCAUGGCCUCAGUCCCCGUGAUCUCCCAUGUACAGAGAAAACAGUUUAUUCCUGUACUCUGCAACCCCAGGAGCCACUCGUUUCUAAGUAGUACUGUGAAUUUUGAAAGUGAUUUGAAUUUUGGUACCAUAUGAACUGGAAAGUUUAAACUUUUAAAAUAAUGUUUCAAGAUUAAGGAAAUGCUUUGUUGGGAAGGUUGACAUGUUUAUUGAGGGAUUAUGAAGUACGUAUGCUAGUUAAUUAUGAGGCUAAGUUAAAUUGCAGUUUAGUCCGUUGCUUUAAAACUCCCCCUCCCCCCACUUGUUAUUUCAAAACUUACCCAGGUACUGGUGAUAGGACGCUGACCUUGAAUAGAUGGAGCCCACCUCAGCGGAUGUGUCUCUAGGCUCUUAGUGUGCUGCCAUUGCUCCUAAGCCAUGAGUCUGUUUUGAGAAUUCCCUGCCUCUUAGAGCAGUGACUGUCUGACUCAGCAUUAAAUACACAUGAACCUGGUGCUUCCAGUAUUGUUCAGGUAGCCUUGUUCCCCAAGCAUGACCCCGAGAGGGCUCAGGCUUACUCUUGGUGAAUAAGGCUAGCUGGGGAUGUGUUAUUUGCCUUUAUGUCUCUGAAAAUAGUCCAUUGACUAGAUUAAAAUUGUGCUCUUAAAUCAGAUUUGGGGAUUAUAUUUUAAUAAUGCAAUUUGUUAAUAAAUAACCACAUAGUGCUCUCUGGAGUUCUUAAGCGUAUGGUUGAUUCUCAAUUUUCAGUCUCAGCUAGAACUCUGACUGUGUAUGUCAGUCACUAUGAACAUUAGUUUCCAACCUGGUUUAGCUGGUUUGCUGCUGACAUGCUGAAUUUGUUCUCUUAAAGCAAUUAUCUCUCAGUGUUCGCCCCCCUCUUGUUAGAACAGACCUAACUAGUGAAUGUAUUGAUUAAAUGUAUCUAUCUCAGAGCUGACUUUAGAAGCUGAGUAUUUUUAACUUCAUAAACUGUGAAUAUGAGUAUGCCCAGUGGCAUCUGAUGUAAUUUUAGUAAUAUUUAAAUAAAUUCCACUUUUUCUUUGGGCCUACUAUACCUUUUGAAGUCUGUAUAAACUUGUUUUGAAAUCUAGUCUGUUCAUAUGAAUGUAAUAAAAAUGCUUUUUGCAUGGUAAAAAUUACUUUGAUUACAAAAGACAUAUAUGCUUUUUGUGACCAGCAAUAAGGAACUAUAAUAAUUGAUAUUUCUAUUAAAUGCAUUUAACUGUAUAUUCUGUUUCUCUGACUGUCCUUUUUCUGUUAAGCACUGACUCUUUGGAGUUUUGAAUCAGGCUGUGAGGUGGAGUACAAACUGUUGGU